AUGGAUCACCAAAUUCUGGCUGUGAAAAAUCAAAAACAAAACAAAACAAAACAAAACAAAAAUAUUCAAGCUAGAAUCCAUCGGUCAUCACUUGAUCAAAUCAAAAUAUGAAAAUGGAAGGAAAGAAGCCCUACUUGGCAGUUAUCCUGAUACAGGCCAUAUAUGCAGGCAUGUUCUUGCUAUCCAAAGCUGCAUUUGAUGUGGGUAUGAACACUUUCGUGUUCGUCUUCUACAGACAGGCCGCUGCUACCGUUUUCUUAGCUCCUUUAGCCAUGUUCUUCGAAUGGAAGAAUGCACCAGCAAUCUCAGGCAUGACCCUCUUCAAGAUUUUUAUGCUUUCAUUCUUUGGUAUUACUUUGAGCUUGAAUGUCUAUGGAGUUGCCCUUAUAUAUACAUCUGCAAGUUUGGCUGCUGCAACUACAAACUCUCUUCCAGUCAUUACUUUCUUCAUUGCAGUCUUACUCAGGAUGGAAAUGGUGAAGUUGAGGACAACCCAUGGGAUUGCAAAAAUUGCAGGGGUAGCAAUCUGCCUAGGUGGUGCUGCAAUCAUAGCCUUGUAUAGGGGCCCAAGUUUGAAACUCUUGCUACAUCAUCACCUCUUUGAAGUACACCAUAAGUACAGCAGCACCCAAGAUGAUCAAGUCCCUUCUACUAAAACAUGGAUAAAAGGAUGCUUCCUUAUGCUCAUGUCUAAUACUUUCUGGGGUUUGUGGCUUGUAUUACAGCAGGCUCGAGUGAUGAAAAGUUAUCCCUCAAAGCUUCUCUUCACAACUCUCCAAUGUUUUUUUAGUUCAAUCCAAUCACUUAUCAUUGCCAUUGCUUUGGAAAGAGACCCUCGUCAAUGGAAGUUGCAAUGGAAUGUCAGACUUGUAGCCGUUGCAUAUUGUGGAAUCGUGGUGACUGGAGUUACAUACUACUUACAAACAUGGGUCAUUGAGAAGAAGGGACCGGUGUUCCUAGCCAUGUCUACACCAUUGGCUUUAGUCUUUACAAUCCUUUGUUCUGCAAUCCUCCUAGGCGAGAUAGUUACUUUGGGAAGUGUUUUGGGAUCCAUUUUGCUGGUUGGAGGGCUUUACAGUGUUUUGUGGGGAAACUUAUAGUAUAGAGGAGAUGAUGAUGGCUGAUGAGAUUUGUUUAACCAAUGACGCCGAGAAAGGAUGCUCAAACGAAGCAGAACCUACCAAAAGCCCAACAAUUGUUUUUGUAUGACUUAUGCGUUUGCAUUCAAAUGCUGGCAGUUGGCACAAUAAUGUCAUUCAAAAGCGUAGUGAGAAUCUCCUGUCCUUAAAAAUGUUUGUUUUCUUACCCCAAACCUUAUAUCCACCAAAAGAUGUAUUAAUUUUCAAUGAAAGUUGUUUUAACAGAUCAUGCGGUGAGAAAAAAACAUAGGACAAUGAAUCAUAAAAUUAAGAACGAAAGAUCAUCAUGUGCCUUCAAAUCAUGGGUACACAUAGUAGAGGUGGGGGAAUGUUUCUUUUUU